AUGCUGCAUGCGACGUUCAAAGUGGUCCGCUGUCCCUUGCACAGGUCUGUCAUCUUCAAUAAAAGGAUAUGGCCCCGCUCCUUCUGCUCCACAGAGACCCAAUCAGUUCAGGGGGAUGACACCGCAGAGACCCGUCUGAACCCCCUUAACAUCCAGAUGCUGUCAAGAAAUCUCCACGAGCAGAUCUUUCGGGGGUUAGAGCCCUUAUAUAGAGAAGAACAUGUGGAACGUGGUGUGAGGCACUUGCAGAAGCAUCAGCUCUGGGGGAAAGAAACAUCGCUGUUGCAAGAAGUUGAGCUGAAGCUUCCUAAAAUGUACGGGGACAAUAUUGACGAGCACUUCCGGGUUUUGGCUCAAAAGCAGAGUCUUCCCUACCUGGAAGCUGCGGCCGAGCUGCAACAAGCAGAACUUCCUCCCAUGCCUCAGGAGUGGACAUGGCAAGUUGGCUGGACCCGCUACGAGGCCAAUGGGGAGAGUCGCAGGGUUGACUUUCCGGAUGAGACGGCACUCGUGUUCGAUGUGGAGGUGUGCAUGGCAGAGGGACAGUGUCCGACAUUGGCAGUGGCUUUGUCUCCAUCACAUUGGUACUCUUGGUGUAGCAAACGUCUGAUCGAAGAGCGCUACUCCUGGUCAAACCAUCUCAUCCUGGCUGACCUCAUCCCACUGGAGACACCAUUGAACUCGGUUCGCCCACCGGGAGGACAGUGGAAGGAACGGCUCAUUGUGGGCCAUAAUGUCAGUUUUGACAGAUCUCACAUAAAGGAGCAAUAUUUGCUCAAGGGGUCGAAAGUGCGCUUCAUGGACACAAUGAGUCUUCACAUGGCUAUCUCGGGCCUGACUGGCUUCCAACGUACACUAUGGAUGGCGAAUAAACUGGGGAAGAAGGUGGGCCUUCAGGAAGUCAGCCAGCACAUGAAAAAAGUGAGACAGAAAAGAGAUGGUCCAAAGAUUGGCUUUUGGGAUUGGGCGAAUAUAAGCAGUCUCAACAAUUUAGCUGAUGUCCAUGCCCUAUAUGUGGGAGGGCCACCACUGCAGAAAGAGAUUAGAGAGACCUUUGUAAAGGGCACCAUGAUGGAUGUCAGGAACCACUUCCAGGAGUUAAUGCGCUACUGCGCCUCAGAUGUUCUGGCCACCCAUCAAAUAUUCUUAGAACAGCUACCUCUCUUCAUGGAAAGAUGUCCCCAUCCAGUCACAUUUGCGGGAAUGCUGGAGAUGGGUGUAAGCUACCUUCCCGUCAAUCAGAAUUGGGGGCGAUACCUGGAGGAUUCCCAGGACAUUUAUGAAGAGCUCCAGAGGGAGAUGAAGAAAUCUCUCAUGACUUUAGCUGAUGAUGCAUGCCAGCUUCUAGAGAAUGAGAGAUUCAAAGAGGAUCCUUGGCUUUGGGAUCUUGAAUGGGACGUGCAGGACUUCAAGCUGAAAAAAAUGCCAGCCAGAAAAAAGAAGCAGCCAGAAAAAGCAGUUGUUUCCCAAACUAUUGCUCCUUCAGAAGACUGGAUGGAAGAUGCAGGUCCACCAUCUGAAGAAGACACUGCAGCGGUUCCUUUUCCCGGCAGGCUGGCUAUGGAUAAACUGAAAGAAACAGUGAAUCUACUUCCGAAAAGAAAGCAACAUCUGCCUGGACACCCUGGGUGGUAUCGUAAGCUAUGUGAGAAGAUGUCAGCAGACUGCUGGUCACCUGGAGCAAGUCUUAUAAGUCUUCAGAUGAGAUUGACUCCGAAACUAAUGGGUCUGACGUGGGAUGGAUUUCCUCUGCAUUACACAGAGAAACAUGGCUGGGGGUAUCUAGUUCCAGGACGCAAGGAUAACCUGGACUCCGAGGGGCGGAACAGUGGGUCAGCUAUUUGUCCUCACAGAGAGAUAGAGCGCAUUUACAGAGAUUACUGUGGGCAGAACAGCAAGGAUGGGCCUGACUGUUCACCAUCUGAUGACCUUAUGUGGACAGACAGCGAUGUUUGGGUGAAGGUGGAGGAGUAUGGCUCACUGGAGCGACUAACAGAAGAACAUGGAGACAAAGCAGAAAAAAAUGGGCAACAUAUUUCCCGCAAAUCCCAACCCGUCCCAGAGGACAGUCACUGCCACUAUCACCAAGGAAUUGGUCCUUACAACGAUAUAAACAUACCGGGGUGUUGGUUUUUCAAAUUACCACAUAAGGAUGGUAAUCAAAAUAACGUUGGAAGUCCCUUUUCAAAAGACUUCUUAUCAAAGAUGGAGGAUGGUACUCUCAGAGCUGGAAGGGGUGGGACCAAUGCUACGCGUGCUUUAGAGAUUAAUAAAAUGAUGUCCUUCUGGAGGAACGCUCAGAAACGCAUAAGCUCUCAGAUGGUGCUUUGGCUGCGGAAAGGAGAGCUUCCUCGUUUCGUAAGCAGGCACCAGGGGUUUGAUGAUGAGGGGCAGUACGGCGCUAUAUUACCACAGGUUGUCACAGCUGGAACUGUCACGCGAAGGGCUGUGGAGCCAACAUGGCUUACUGCCAGUAAUGCACGUAGGGACAGAGUGGGCAGUGAGCUGAAGGCGAUGGUUCAAGCACCACCAGGUUAUCACCUUGUUGGAGCCGAUGUGGACUCUCAAGAGCUGUGGAUUGCAGCUGUGCUCGGAGAGGCUCACUUUGCUGGCAUGCAUGGUUGUACAGCAUUCGGCUGGAUGACGCUUCAAGGAAAGAAGAGCCAGGGGACCGACCUACACAGCCGUACAGCCGAUGCCGUGGGCAUCAGCAGGGAGCAUGCCAAAGUGUUUAACUACGGCCGCAUCUACGGCGCAGGACAACCCUUUGCAGAAAGGCUGCUGAUGCAGUUCAAUCAUCGCCUAAGUCAGACAGACGCUGCCAGUAAGGCCAGACAGAUGUAUGCUUUGACGAAGGGGCUACGCAGAUACAAACUGUCAGACGAAGGUGAAUGGUUAGUCACUGAGCUGGGAAUAGAAGUAGAGAGGGAGGAAGAUGGAAGUGUAUCGCUCCAGGAGUUACGGAAGAUCAGUAGACUGGCCUCACAGAGCUCACGACGGAGGAAAUGGGAUUUGGUUGGCAAACGAAUGUGGUUUGGAGGGACUGAGUCGGACAUGUUCAACAAACUGGAGAGCAUCGCACAUUCACCUCAGCCAGCUACACCUGUACUGGGCUGUAGGAUUAGCAGAGCUCUGGAGCCCAAGGUUGUAAAAGAUGAGUUCAUCACCAGCAGAGUGAACUGGGUGGUCCAGAGCUCUGCAGUGGAUUACCUUCAUCUAAUGCUCGUGGCAAUGAGGUGGCUCUUUGAGGAACACGACAUCGACGGCCGCUUCUGCAUCAGCAUCCAUGACGAGGUACGAUACCUUGUGCGCAGCGAGGACCGAUAUCGGGCAGCGCUGGCAUUGCAGGUCACCAACCUUCUUACAAGGAGUAUGUUUGCGCAUGCAUUAGGCAUGCAGGAUCUUCCGCAGUCGGUCGCUUUCUUCAGUGCAGUUGACAUUGACACCUGUCUGAGAAAAGAGGUCACCAUGGACUGCGUGACCCCCUCCAACCCCACGGGUGUGGAACGAAAAUAUGGCCUUCCUCCUGGUGAAGCCUUGGACAUCUACCAAAUAGUUGAUAUCACAAGAGGCUCCCUUAAUAAAGGAAAAUAG